GUUUGCAUUUUGAAUUAUGCCAAAUAAGCGAAGGGGUUUUGGGUGUCGCCAUUACCAAUUCGUAAACCCCUGAACUGACCUUGGAUCAACCCUCAACAGCCACAGACAACACAGAGCAUCAUGUUCUCUCACCUUAAAUCUUCCCGAAAGUUUUCUGUUCUCUUCAACAAUCGCGAUGUUGCUCCACGCGAUUCCUCCACUCUUCAAGCACAAGCACUCUACUCGACACACAUUGUUGGGGAUAAACCAGUUCUUGUUCGUGAUUUCAUUCAUUCGUCAUUGUAUGAUCCAAAACAUGGAUACUUUUCACAAAGAUCAGGGUCAGUUGGAGUGCUUGAGAGGAGCAUUAAGUUCAAUCAGCUUGCAGGCAGGAAUGCAUAUAUGAAUUACUUGGAUAAAAUCUACAAACAAAGUGACAUAGCAUGGUUCACUCCUGUGGAGCUUUUCAAGCCUUGGUAUGCUCAUGGAAUUGCUGAAGCAAUACUUCGCACUGCUAACCUCUCAGUUCCACUAAAAAUAUAUGAAAUUGGUGGUGGUUCAGGAACUUGUGCCAAGGGAAUAAUGGAUUAUAUAAAGUUGAAUGCUCCCACAAAAGUUUACAACAAUAUGUCUUACACCUCAGUUGAAAUCAGUUCUUCACUUGCUGAAAUUCAGAAAGAAACCGUUGGAGAAGUUCAUAGUCAUUUAUCAAAAUUCAGUUUAGAAUGCCGUGAUGCGGCUGACCAGGGUGGAUGGGGAGAUGUGAAGGAACAACCUUGUUGGGUGAUAAUGCUUGAGGUGCUUGAUAAUCUUCCACACGAUCUAAUUUAUUCAGAAAAUCAAGUUGCUCCCUGGAUGGAAGUCUGGGUUGAGAAGCAAGCUGAGAGUGGAACGUUUUCUGAGCUGUAUAAGCCUUUGCAAGAUCCGUUAAUCAUGCGUUGUCUUGAACUUAUUGAAUCGGGGGGAAAUCCUGUCACUCAUAACAGUGCGAAGUUAAAGGCAAAAAGCAUUUGGUCUAACUUCUUUCCAAAACCUAGAAGAUGUUGGCUCCCAACGGGUUGCCUGAAACUGCUGGAGGUUUUACAUGCUACACUCCCGAAGAUGUCUUUAAUUGCUUCAGACUUCAGCUACCUACCUGAUGUUAGGAUACCUGGUGAAAGGGCUCCACUGGUUUCAACCAAGAAAGAUGGGCGGAGCUCGGAUUAUAACAGUCAUCUAGAUGCAAAGGGGGAUGCUGAUAUUUUUUUCCCUACUGACUUUUGGCUUUUGGAACGUAUUGACCAUUAUUGUUCUGGGUGGCUGAAACUCCAAAAAGAUAAUUCACCUAAAAAGGGGAAGGGGAGGCGAACAAUUACUCUUGACACUUCUUCAUUCAUGGAAGAGUUUGGCUUGCCGUCCAAAACAAGAACAAAGGAUGGAUACAACCCACUUCUUGAUGACUUUAAGAACACCAAAUUCUAUCUUAGUGUUCCAACACAUAAUAUAAAAUAGUUUUGAUUCUAAAUCUUUGAACAGCAUGGCCAUUUUAUUUGUUGUCAGGGAUAUACAUCAAAUCUAAAGAUGCAUCACCCAAGCUGAAAUAAAUCUCAUAUAUCAAAGUUCAAAUGUCGAUGUUCCCAUGCUAUAGAAUAUAAAGCAAAAGAUUUGAAGAUGAGAGGUUCAUAUCCUUGAGAAUGAUAAGCACGCACACAACGAGAAGCAAGAGUUGCCUGAGUGUACAUCCAGGGGGGUUUCAGAAUCUGGAAAAUUUUUGUUCUUUAUAUAGUUAAGUGUCUCAAUUAUGAGCCUGUUCAAGUUAUGGUUCGGUGAACAUUUCAUUUUUUUAAAUAGAGAUUUAGGAAUGGAUUAGUUUCCUGCUAAGAGAACGAAAUAUGAUAAGUAAUAUGUUGUCUUUCAAGUUUUGCACGUCACUCAUUGGAAACUUGAGGAGUUUCAUCUCAGGGAGUUCCCAGUAUUUAUCAUUCAUUCAGAUUAGUCAACAUUUAUGAAUACACAAAUUAUAUUCCUGAAAAGGUUGCCAUUGCA